AUGCCUGAAUUACAAUUAUCAAAAUAUAUUGUUGAUAAACAAUGUAAAUACAAUAAACAAUGGUAUUACGAUUAUUUGUAUAAACGUAAAACAACAACAUACUACAGAAAUAAUAAUUGCUGUUGUGGCCUUAAAUUAUUACUCAUUGUAAUAUUUACAUGGUUAAUUGUAUUACCAAAUAGCGCUAUCGGUAGACAAACUGGUGGACAUCAUCAUAGAACAUGUCCUGGUUGUCCACAUAAGCAUGUACAUAAUAUUAAUAGUAAAGAGUCUGAACCAUCGCCCGAUGAAUUGCGUCUUGAAGCCAUUAAACAUCAGAUACUGAGUAAAUUGGGACUGAGGAGUAGGCCCGAUGUUAAUAAAACAUUGUCACAAGUACCGAGACAUCUGGCACUUGAGACACUUUACAGGGCUGAGGCACAACCAUCCAGAUACAUCGAGGAUAGACGAUUUAUGGAUGAUUAUAGUGAUUAUUAUUAUGGAAGGGAGGAUUACAUGUAUAGAAAUGUACAGGAUGAGAGGAGUACUCAGGGUCCAACCAGUACACAAGGAUUUAGGGAGAGGGGUAAUGAGGUGGAGGUGGAUGAUUUCUAUGCUAGGACGUCGGAGAUUAUCACGUUUGCUGAGCCUGGACGAACGUUAAAUGGUCUACCGCUCCUUGAAUUUCCAAUGUCGAGUGGUGAGCCAACACUGGAGCCCGUGAGAAUCAAGAGGGCGACGCUCUGGGCGAGAGUCGAAUUGAAACGCUCGUAUCAUUACAAACAUCAUCGACGACAGUACAAUCACAAAAACAUCACCCUCUGGGUAUUUAGGGUAAAAUAUGGCAAUAGAACGCAUCUCCGGGGGAAGGAACUGAGUGAGCAUCUGGAAAUGGUGACGUCACUGACAGUGAGUGUAAACCAAUUAGGUUGGCAGAAAUUUGACGUAACGAGAGUGGUUAACACCUGGUUCACAUCGCACAGUCAUUCACGUGAAAAAUUGACAUUACUCAUCGAUUGUACGAGAUGCGGUACAAAUGUCCAUAUAUCGACCUUUGGAACAGACUCGCUGAAUGUCAUUGAGUUGUCUGUCGAUCCAAAAGGUACUCAAGAUCCUGAUAGACCAUUCCUGGUGGUUCGUACGGAUCCAACAGCUGUCAAAAGAGUAAGGAGACGUGCGAUAGAGUGCAGUGGAGCUGUCAAAGGACAGUGUUGUAAACAAAGGUUUUAUGUCAACUUCUCAACGCUCGGUUGGGACGACUGGAUCAUUGCUCCUCAGGGGUAUUAUGCCAAUUACUGUAGAGGCGAUUGUACAGCUGGUCACAGAACACCAGACACAUUCCUCAAUUACUACACCCACGUAAUCGAGAAAUACAGACAAAUGGACAAACUGGAUGGUAUGCAGCCAUGCUGUGCACCAGUUAAAUUUUCAGCAAUGUCCCUCAUCUAUUAUGGACCAGACUCAAACAUCAUAAAGCGAGAUUUACCAAAAAUGGUGGUUGACGAGUGUGGCUGUCCAUAA